AAUUAAUGAAUAAUCAAUCAAUAAACACUGACCUAGGCAAACCAGAGCUGGCACAUUAAAAUCUUUUUUCUUUUCCCUUUUUCUCGAGAAAAAACAGAUUUUAAUUUAAUUUAUUCAUUUUUUCUUUUUGCGUUAAAAUUGAAAAUACAUAUGUCUUGUCUGUCUGUAUACUCUCUCUUUCUAUCCGCUUCGUUUCUGUGCUUUCUAUGAUUCCCACUCGUUUUUCUCUAAACAGUACAAAAAGAGAAAACAAUAGAAAAAAAAAUAAAGAAACAAAUUAAGGGUUAACGAAAACCUCGCCGCCGGCGAUAUUCUCAAACACGAAUCUCACCGGAGCUUACUGAUUUUCACUAAACAACAACUCUUCUCGCCGAAAAAUGCAUUGAUUCUCGAGCCUAAUCUGAAAAAUUCGAAAAUGAGCGACUGCGAAGAAGCUUCUGAUGUUGUGGCCACUACCAGGAACAACAUUCCAGAGCCGGAAAAGGAAAACCAACCGUUUCCGCCGGCGGUUAUAGCUGGUAGAAGCCGUUCUCAAGGAGGUGGACGGAGAGUAACACCGACGAGCUUCACCGUUGUUUCUGACGGUAGAUCUGUUGUGGAGAGAGUACUUCCUAACGGAGAUUUCUACGUCGGGAGUUUUUCCGUUAACGUACCUAAUGGAUCCGGAAAAUACCUUUGGACCGACGGUUGCAUGUAUGAAGGUGAAUGGAAAAGAGGAAAAGCUUCAGGUAAAGGGAAGUUUUCAUGGCCAUCGGGUGCGACUUACGAGGGAGAGUUCAAGUCGGGUCGAAUGGAAGGGUUUGGAACUUUUGUUGGAUCCGACGGUGAUACUUAUCGCGGGUCAUGGAGCUCCGAUAGAAAACACGGGUUUGGUCAGAAACGUUACGCUAACGGUGAUUUAUAUGAAGGAUGGUGGAAGCGUAACGUUCAAGAUGGUCAAGGGCGUUACGUUUGGAAAAAUGGGAAUGAAUACGUUGGUGAGUGGCGUAACGGUGUUAUUUCUGGUAAAGGUGAGUUGGUUUGGGUUAACGGAAACCGUUUUGAAGGUCAGUGGGAGAAUGGUGUACCGAAAGGACAAGGAAUUGUGAAGAUACAGCAUGGUUUGAAUUUGAAGAGUUCAAAUGGUGGUGUUGCUGGUGGUGGUGGUGGUUUGUUGUGGAAUGACAAUUUUGCCCCUGAUAUGAUGAGGAAACGUUCUUCUGUUGAUACUGUUAGUGCUAGAGGGAGUGUCAAUGAAAAGAGUUUUCCUAGGAUUUGUAUUUGGGAAUCUGAAGGUGAAGAUAUCACUUGUGAUAUUGUUGAUAAUGUGGAAGCUUCCAUGUUUUAUCGCGAUGGAACAACAUCGGAUCCUGAUGAAUUUCGAAAGCACCCUUGUUGUUUUUCUUCUGAGGUUAAGAGACCAGGUCAAACUAUUUCCAAAGGGCAUAAAAAUUAUGAAUUGAUGCUUAAUUUGCAAUUGGGAAUUAGAUACACUGUUGGGAAGGAAGCAUCUAAGUUGCGAGAGCUUAAAACUAGUGAUUUUGAUCCUAAGGAGAAGUUCUGGACAAAGUUUCCAUCUGAAGGUUCUAAGAUUACUCCGCCCCAUCAAACUGCGGAGUUUCGAUGGAAAGAUUACUGUCCUGUGGUUUUUAGACAUUUGAGGAAGCUGUUUCAGGUUGAUCCUGCUGAUUACAUGUUGGCUAUAUGUGGGGAUGAUGCACUAAGGGAACUUUCCUCUCCCGGGAAAAGCGGAAGUGUCUUCUACUUGACCCAAGAUGACAGAUUCAUGAUUAAGACAGUGAAGAAAUCUGAAGUCAAGGUGCUUCUUCGGAUGCUUCGGAGCUAUUACAAACACGUGUCUAAAUAUGAGAAUUCACUUGUGACAAAAUUCUACGGGGUACAUUGUGUCAAACCAAUUGGAGGCCAGAAGACUCGGUUUAUUGUGAUGGGCAACCUUUUCUGCUCUGAAUAUCCAAUUCAUAGACGAUUUGAUUUGAAAGGAUCUUCACAUGGUCGUGCAACAGAUAAACCUGAGGAUGAGAUUGAUGAGACGACCACCCUCAAGGACCUUGACUUGAAUUAUGUGUUUCGUGUGCAAAGAAAUUGGUUCCAGGAUCUUAUUAAACAAAUUGAGCGGGAUUGUGAAUUCUUAGAAACGGAGAAAAUUAUGGAUUACAGUCUUUUGGUUGGACUUCAUUUCCGUGAUGACAACACAUAUGACAAAAUGGGGUUGUCACCUUUUCUUUUACGCACUGGCAGCAAUCAGGAUUCCUAUCAUAAUGAGAAGUUCAUGCGUGGUUAUCGCUUUCUCGAAGCAGAGUUGCAAGAUAGGGAUCGGGUUAAAUCUGGAAGGAAAUCAUUAAUCAGGCUAGGAGCUAAUAUGCCUGCAAGAGCAGAGCGACUUGCAAGGAGGAGUGAUUUCGAUCAAUAUGUUGGAAUCAGUCAUUUGAACCCUUAUAGCAGCGGAGAGACUUACGACUGCGUUCUAUAUUUCGGUAUCAUCGACAUUUUACAAGACUAUGAUAUCAGCAAGAAGCUUGAGCAUGCUUACAAGUCCUUCCAAGUUGACUCUACUUCAAUUUCUGCCGUUGAUCCAAAGCUAUACUCAAAGAGAUUUCGAGAUUUUAUUGGGAGAAUAUUCAUUGAAGACUGGUAGCAGGAACCAGCAAGUACAAAAUGAGCUAAAGUAUUUUCUCCUGAAGGUUAAAAACAAUGUCAUGAAUCAUCAUCACAAAAAUACAGGAAAAAUCUUUGGAAGUUUGAAACCCACAUGCAGAGGUAGGACCUUAGAGUUGACUGUUUAACAUGUCACUCUGUGUUCAAGUGGGGCCUCAAAGAAUCUCUCACUUGAGUUGGGAUUGUUUUUUUGGCUGAAUACAGCAAUGGUGAUGAUGAUAUGUUGUUGGAUCAGGGAAAAUUUGUAUAUGGAAAAUGGGUUUAAGUUGAGACUAUUUUUUUUUCUUUUAAAAUUGGGUGGGAGUUUUUUAAUUUUUUGUGGUUACCAAUAGGAUAUGAAUAUGUUGGAAAAUAUAGGAAGAGAGGGGUGAAGGGAAAAUUGUUUCCCUGAGAUUAGAUUAAAAAAUGCUUGGUUAGUAGAAAAAUAAAAAAAUGUACAGUUGUUAUACAAAAAAAGGAUGGAUGGGAUAUUGGAAGGAAUUUAUUUUUUCUUAGAAUUAUUAAUUAUUAUUCUUGAGGUAAUGUGAAUGUGAGAUACAUUUUGCAGACCAGACCAUGUAUUGUAUUUAUGUAAAGAGCAUGUUAUGAGA